CGAAUCUCUAGGUCCAAAGAGGGAAAAGAGAAGCAAAAUGGGCGACUAUCGGCAACAGUUGGGUUACUUAAUCAAGUGGUUGAGCACCUUCGACCUCCAGGCACCGCACAGCUCCGCGGAGGAGAUAAGUGAUGGGGUUGCCCUGGCAGAAGCCUUGACCAAAAUCGCACCGGAGUGGUUCACGGCAGCGUGGAAGGCGAAGAUUAAGACCGAUGUAGGCACCAACUGGCGCCUUAAAAUGAGCAACAUGAAGAAGAUCGUGGAGGCUGUGAUGGAAUACUACGUCGAGUGUCUGAACCAGCAACUAACUGGCUACGUUAAACCGGACGCCACCAAGAUCGGCGAGCGCUGCGACAUCGACGAGUUGCGCCGCCUACUGCAGCUGGUCCUCGGUUGCGCUGUCAAUUGCGAUCAGAAGCAACAGUACAUCACCAGGAUAAUGGGCAUGGAGGAGACGGUGCAACAGGCGAUAAUGCAAAGUAUCCAGGAGCUGAACUUUGAAUCCAUAGUGGAUGUAGCAGACGGUACUCAACAGACACUCUACGCCGAGCUCCAGGCGACAGUGGACAUGAAAGAUCAGCUGGCGCAGAAGUGUCACGAGCUCGAUCAGCAGCUCUCUCUGUUGCAGGAAGAGAAAACCACGUUAAUCGCCGAGAACAAGAAACUCCAGGAACGCCUGGACGAGUUUGAAAAUCCAGAAGAGUCUGGCUCGAUCCUCAAGUAUUCCGGGUUGCGGAAGCAGGUUGAAGCAUUGAAGGAUGAAUUGUUCAAGAUGGAGACAUCCAGGGAUGAUUACAGAUUAAAAGUAGAACUGUUGGAGAAAGAAGUGUUGGAACUGCAGUCGCGGCAGGAGGAUCUGCAAAAGGCAGCUGAUGAGGCGAAUCAUCUGAAAGACGAAGUAGACGCUUUGAGGGAAACCACAGACAAGGUGGCAAAGUACGAAAUCAUGAUAGAAUCGUACAAGAAGAAAAUGGAGGACAUGAGUGAUCUCAAAAGGCAGGUAAAGAUAUUGGAGGAUAAGAACGUCGAGUAUUUGCAGGCCAAGUUGGAUUACGAGGAAGAAGUGAAACGUACGAUGAUGUUGCGCAAUCAUCUAGAAGUAUGCAAGCAGCAACUUACGGAAGUUCAACACAGGUUAGAUGAACAAAGCAACAAGUAUGAUCGGCUGGAGUUCGAAGGCAAGAAAAUGGAAGCGAAAUUGGGCGCCCUGCAGAGAGAGAGGGAUCGACUGAUCAUCGAGAGGGAUGCUCUAAAGGAAACGAACGAAGAGUUGAAAUGCACGCAACUACAAGCCGUCGAGAACAUGGCAAAACCCAAUACUGACAGUACCGGAGUUUCCGCGACGGAAAUGAUUCCGCUUGAGGUCAAGGAAAAGUUGCAUUGCUUGCAGCUGGAGAACAAAAUGAUGAAGAUGAAGCUGUCUGGUAACGAAGAUAAGCUACCGAGUGUGCAAGCGUUGCUCGAGGAUUCCGAGGAACGUUUGAACACGUUGCGAGGACAAAAUCGCAAGGCAAAUCAGAGGAUAAUGGAGUUAGAAAACAAAUUGGAGGAGGCCAUGGGCACUCAGAUUAGCGGUGAUAGUAAAAGUGACAACGUAGGCUUGAAUCAAAAGAUGUCGCAGUUGCAAGACGAACUUCGAAAAGCGCAAACCGAUAGAGACCGGUUGACGCUACAGCUCGAAGAACGUGAAAGCAGCUUGCAGACUCAGAAGCAGAAGGCUUUCGCUCUUCAGGAGAAACUCACGCGAAAGGAAUACGAGAAUGCCGCGCUUGAGGAACGCUAUAAGAAGUACAUUGAGAAAGCUAAAAGUGUCAUAAAGAGCCUCGACCCGAAGCAGAGUAAUUCUUCGCCGAGCGAGGUUGCCGUGCUGCGCAACCAACUGGUGGAGCAACGUAAGAUGAUCGAGGACAUGGAACGUUCCAUGAAGGAGGCUAAACUGCUGCGAGACAUGGAGGAAAAGCUAAUGGUGACUGCCUUUCAUAGACUGGGCCUGAAUUGUCACAGAGAAAUGAUGGAUCAGCGCCUUGCGGCGCUUAGUUCGGGACAGGGUCAAUCCUUUCUAGCCAGGCAAAGGCAACCCACGUCGAGACGUGGUUAUCCGCCUUAUAACUCGAAAUAAGGACACGCGUUAAAGCAAGUUGGUUUGACUUAAGUAUUAUUAUAGGACGAAAUGGUAAAUGAUCAUUUUAGGUAACAUCAUUAACAAUGCGAUGAAUGUGAUGCUACAUAUCCAUUAUUUGAAUUCAUUUGAACUUAACAAUCACAGAUUUAUACGAUGAUGAUUGACAAUUUAAUAUUCUCAUUCUCAACUCGUAACAUAAUAUUAAAACGUCACAUUUAUCUUCCUGUUACAGUUAUCUUAAUUGAUUAUAUUUCUUUCGAUGUAGAUACAAUUGAAUAAUUCAUAGCAAAGAAUAAAUAUCUCCAUUUGUUAGUAAUAAAAUUGAUAUAUAUAUAUAUAUAUAUAUAUAUAUAUAUAUAUAUAUAUAUAUAUAUGCAUAUAUAUAGACUGUGCUCAUACAAACUAUUAACAAAUAAAAGCCCAGCCGUUUUAGUUCUGAUCAUUUUUACAUGUAUAUCCAACUAAUCUUUUUGUCUUCCAGUGAAAUUAAGCGGAGAAACAAUUCUAAUAAUAAACACAAUUUUAUAAUCCAGAUUUUCAUCCAUACGAUGAUUUUCUAGCUAUUAGAGAUGUGCCAACACAUACGUUCCUAUAUUUUUAAUGAAUAUAUAAAAAAAAAUUAAUUGCGCACGAAUAUCUCCAACAGUUAGAAAAACUAACUAAAUUCUUGUGUAUUUCAAAAUUGUAUCUAUAUCGCAAACGUUUACCAUAUUUAUUUUAAUCAGACUCAAUACAAAAGAUAUAAAUUGUAAAUAUAUUAUACAUAGAUAUUGGAAGGUAUUUUGCUUCGCGAUAGGCUAAAUAUUGCGCAAGAAUAUUCUGAAUACGAACAAAUCACGUAAUGAUAUUUUAAAUCAUACUGACAAUUACCGAUUUGAAAAUAUUGUACAUCUGUAAUGUUGAUGUUUAUUUCGAUAGAGUUAGAUGAUUAGUGUACAUUCAUAAACGUUGUUAUUUGCUUUGUGCGACAAUACAUGAUGACAAGUUGUAAAUAAUGUAUAGGCCGUUCUAUACAUUUCUUGAAUUAAAAAAAAGUUAUAUAUAUAUAUAUAAAUUAUCUAACUAUUGCAACACGAUUUAUUGCAAAGAACUUAUUCGUAUAUUUAUAUCUUUAUAAUCUCGCGCGAUAAUAUAUUAUGAUCAACAUUAUUUAUUUCAUAUAUGUAUAAUUUAUGUUAUUUCUAUUAUUGUACAUUUGUUUUACAAUGUUAUUUUACAAUGCACAUUGCAAUAAAGAACAAUUUGGAAAUUAA